AUGCGUGAAAAAUUUAAUUCACAAGUUAACGAUUUGACUCCCGUAUCAAAUUUAUAUAAAUUUCCAGAUAAUGGAUCCCCAAAUGAAAAUUUUAUGGAAAAAAAAAUAAGGAAAGAAGGUGAAGCUAACGAAAUAAAAACAAGAAAAGAAAAAGCUCCCGUACCUUUAUACAGUCUCGUUAAAAAUGUUUGCGAAAACGGUUACGUCAUGGAUGAAAAUGGCGUCUGUCAAAAAGCGAUCGUUUUAAAAAGUGGAAAAGAGUAA